GCUAGAGAAAAAUAUUACAGGUGGGCACGGCUUACAAUACCAGCGGACCAAUAGGAAUGCCGUAAUCGUGUGAACUAGUGAAACAGGCAGUUAGUUGGACCAAUCACAACGUCCCCCGAAGGGCACCCAUGAUGCACGGGAAGGAGGCCCGCGCUGGCUGAGUGCACGCAGAAAGCAGCUACGCAGGAGAGAGGGGCAGAAGCCGAAUGGUGGAGCUGAAGAUGGCGGAUGGCGACAGCGGGAGUGAGCGCGGAGGUAGUAGCGGGGGAGGAGGUGGAGGUGGCUUCCAACACUUCCACAGGGACCAGGAAACCCAAGAACUGGCGUCAAAGCGUCUGGACAUCCAGAACAAGCGCUUCUAUCUGGACGUCAAGCAGAACAACAAGGGCAGGUUCAUUAAAAUCGCCGAGGUCGGGGCUGGGGGCUCUAAAAGUCGCCUGACCCUCUCGCUGUCAGUUGCGGCGGAGUUCCGUGACUAUCUCGGGGAUUUCAUCGAGCACUACGCCCAGCUGGGCCCUAGCAGUCCGGAGCAAAUAGCACAAGCUACCGCGGGUGAAGACGGUGGGCCGAGGCGAGCUCUUAAGAGCGAGUUUCUUGUCCGGGAAAAUCGCAAGUACUACCUGGACUUGAAAGAGAACCAGCGGGGGAGGUUCCUCCGGAUACGGCAAACCGUAAACCGCGGACCUAGCUUUGGAGUGGGGGGCCCAGUGGGCGGCAUGCUGGCCGGCCAGACCAUAGCCCUUCCGGCACAGGGGUUAAUAGAGUUUAGAGACGCCCUUGCUAAGCUCAUAGAUGAUUACGGGGGAGACGACGAGGAGAUGACCGGGGGCAUGGCCGCCGGGGGCUACGGCGAGCUUCCCGAGGGCACCUCCAUCAUGGUGGACUCUAAACGGUUCUUUUUCGACGUUGGGUCCAACAAAUACGGCGUGUUCCUGCGCGUGAGCGAGGUUAAGCCGAGCUACAGGAACUCUAUCACCAUCCCGUUCAAAGCCUGGAGCAAAUUUGGAGGAGCUUUCUGCAGAUAUGCAGAGGAGAUGAAGGAGAUCCAGGAGAGGCAGAGGGAUAAAAUGUACGAGAAGAGAGACGAGUCCGAGGGGGACGAUGUGGAUGACGACUGAGAAAAGAAAAAGCUAUCAGCCAAGUUACAUGAUGGCAGAUCUACACUAUAGGGUUAUUUUGCGAAAAAACAAAAACAAAACAAAAAAGAAGCAGAAAUGACAGAUAAAGUGCAUGACAAAUCGUGCUGUAAUAGCCUACUAAAGUAUUGUGGAGUUUUAAAAAAAGAAGUACAUGUGCAGGGAAUUUUUGGUGUAUUAUCCUAAAGUUUGUUGGGCUUGAGGUUGAAGUGGUGGUUUGAAUUUCUGAAAGUGAAAAUGUACGGAUGAGAUGUAUGUCAUUGGCUGAAAAAAAAAAAGUGAGUUAUGCUUUAUCGUUGGAAAAAAUAAGAGGAGCAAGUUGGUUUUUCAUAACUAGAGGUGAAGCCAUUGAAUGCUUUCCUAUGUGCAACAUAGUUUCUAUUUAAAGAGUGAAGACCUGUUCAAGAUGUUUUCCCUUCUUGGUUAAAGGAGAGAGCUAGCAUCCAUCCUGUUCCAGUCCAGGACUCUCCUCUGUGGGAAGUUUGCGGGAUUUUUGCAAGUCAGACAGGAAAAGCUGAGAGCAAUGCAGAGACAGAACUGCUGUCACUCUAUGGAUUUUAUUUGUUAGAUAUGUCAGCAGCUGGAGAGCUGUCAAACAACCGCACAACUGCUGCUGCAGCAUCUGCAGGCUGUUAAUCGAAAAGAUUACCCAAAAUGACCGGGGGGGGGGGGUGUUACUAAGAGGAUUAUCUGUAAGCCCAAACAAAAAGGGCCUGGUGGACUAAAUUAAAUGCUUUGACUCCAGUAGUCAGUUACAGUGCAGAACAGCUGGGUUUUAUGUUAUACAUAUAAUCUUAGCAAAGCGUACUUCUUAUUGUUUUGAAGAAGAUUCACUCUGUGAGGAAGGGUGGUGACUCUUCUCACACCAGAGCAUCCUUGGUGUUUGAGAACAACCGCUUGGAACUGGGGAGCAGAUGCCACCGGAGGAAACACAGAUAUUGUUUUAUGGGACUUUUCAGACGAUCAUUUGCUAACAGGGGUCCAAAUGUCUUGCAGUUGGAGGAGGAGUGCUGCAUUACAUGUAGCGACAAGUUUUCUCAUCAGCCUCGUAUUCAGAACUGGACAGCUGGCCUAUUCAGCCACAGGCCAUUCUCUGACAGCACCUUCCAACACAUUAUGAAGACCCUGGACAGAAACACAUUGAUGGAUGUUUUCUUUUGUUUUUCCUUUUUUUGUUUCUUUUUCCCCCCAAAAAGAGCUAUAUUGAAAUGAGAUUCUACUUGUAGGAAAGAUAUUACCAAACAAACCAGCAAAAGAUAUUUUCAGAUACUUAUUAAGGAAAACAUAUUUCAAUCCUAAAAAUAAAAAGUUAAUUUCUUAAAAGAGAAUUGUGACUCGAUCUCAAGGUAAUUUUUUCAUGUUCUUAGAGUGAAAGUAUAACACUUCAUUUAUUAAACAAUUUGAAAUGAAA